UUGCUCUGUGUUGAGGCACAGAUUGGAUCAAAACUGUCUUUCGCUUUGAUAUCAGCAGGAAAACAAAACUUUAGUACAAAUAUGUCUAGCAAUAGAGAUCUUGAGGAUCUCAAUGAAGAGGACAUUGAUGAGGAUGAAAUCCUUGCAAUGCUUUCACCUGAGGAGCUUAAGGAGCUCCAGAGUGAGAUGGAUAUUAUUAUUGCGCCAGAUGAGAGUGUACCAGUGGGACAGAGACAGAAGGACCAGACAGAGAAAGUUCCGACAGGGACAUUUGACCACAGAUCCCUAGUUGAUUACCUCUACUGGGAGAAAGAGUCUAAACGUAUGCUCGAGGAAGAAAGAGUGCCUGCUACUCUGCUGCCCAGUGAGAAAACUCUAAGGGAGGAGUCUGAAAAGAAAGAAAAAGAAGAAAACUCAGGAUGUGGGAAAUAUGAGGUGUAUGAAGUGAUAGAGGAAGUCAUUGAGGAAGAAGCUGCAGAUUGUGCAAACGGAGAGGAAAUUAUAGAGGAGAUUAUUGAGGAAAUAGUUGAAGAAGUUGAUGAGAUGGAUGAAAAGGACAAAGUAAUGGAUGUGGAAAAUGAAAAAGAGGUGAAGCAACUUGUUGAAGACCAACCUGAAAAUACAGGUGAACAUGCAGAGCCUCCGGAUAUCACAGAAAAAGUACCCGGAAAAAACACAAGUGACAGUCAGUGUUUUUCAGGCAUGAAGGAGACUACUGAGACCUUAACCCCAAAACACAACACUGAAGAGAAAGAAAUAAAUACGAGUACAAACUGUUCACCUCCCCAAGAGGCUCCAGAGGAGCCAGAAACAGUUGAAACCGAUGAUAAGCUUCCACAGAAGGAAGAAAAAAAAAUCAAUAAACUGAAAAUUCCAAAGCUUGCACUUAAUAAUAUAAAAAUUACUUCACGGCCUUCAGGAAAUGAAACAAACUUGGAGUCGACACUUGAAAAGAUUCGCAACAAUAACCCCUCCAUCACUGAAGUAAACCUCAACAAUAUAGAAAACAUUCCCAAAGCGAUGCUCUUGGACUAUGUCAAUGCCCUGAAAAAGAAUAAAUACGUGAAAACUUUCAGUUUAGCCAACACUGGUGUCGAUGAAAACAUUGCUUUCAACCUGGCCAACAUGCUACGAGAGAAUCGCAGCAUUACGACUUUAAACAUCGAGUCAAACUUUAUAACUGGAAAGGGCAUUGUUGCCAUCAUUCGCUGCCUUCAGUUCAAUGAGACUCUCACGGAGCUGCGUUUUCACAACCAGAGGCACAUGCUAGGUCACCACGCAGAGAUGGAGAUCUCUCGUUUACUCAAGGCCAACAACACCCUCCUGAAGAUGGGCUACCACUUUGAACAGCCAGGGCCCAGGAUGGUGGUGACCAACAUUUUAACUAGGAAUCUGGACCGCCAGAGGCAGCUGAGGAAGGAAGAGCAGAGGCAGCAGCAGCUAAAGCAGCAGAGGGAACUGAUGCAGAUGUAUGAGAGCAGUCUCAAUCUGCCUCCCGGUUUACUUGAGAUGCUGGGGUACAUACCACCCCUAGAACUACUUGAGGAGCAUGGAUUUGUCCCACCCUCAUCAGAGCCGAAUGCUGUAGUGCAAACACAACAUCAGCCAGAACAACCAGAGGCACAGAAGCAGCUCAAACACAAAAGCAUUCCCAAACAACCCAGUGCCGAACCAACAAACCCGUUAAAGGACAUCCAGCUGAGGAGAACUCCGAAGAAACGUGAUCCUUUUCUCGAGCUGGACCCAAGAGAUGACAGGAGGCCAGAGAGGGCAAGUUUUCAACUGAGGAAGACUCCCAAAGUGAAGGAUGCAGGCAGUGCAGAGAAGGAAGAUGAAACAGCCAACCUGACUGAUGUGAUCAAGGCUCUAAAACCUGUACCUCGAAGACGAGUGCCUCCAAAGGUUGACCUCACACCUCGUGAUCAGCUCCUAAAUGAUAUCAAAAAGAGCAACGUGGCCUAUCUCAAAUCUGUGCCACUCCCUAAAGCCCUGGAAUCAAGCGAAACAAGUCUCCUGUAAGACGUUGCUGUUUAUUCACCAUUUUGUUUUAAUUACACAUGCUUAGUGUUAGUUACUUCACAUGAACAGUACAACUUAACACUGAACUUUAUUUGCCUAUAAAAAAGUACUUCUUGGUUGUUCCACUCCUGUUUUAUUUUAAUACAUGCUAUGGUCUUCAAAAAGUAACAAGAAAAAAUUUGAUGACAACCAAACACUGUAUAUUAAAUCUACAGUAAAGCAUGCCACUCUCUUUUGAAUUCAGUGCAUAGUUUAAAAAAAAAAGUAUUCACACAGUAUUCUUUUGUAAUGUCUACAUAUACAACUUUCUUUAAGCUUUGUGCUAAAAUUGAAU